AUGUCGACCUUCUUGCAAUCUUUUCUGGAUCCACGGAAGAACUGGUUCGCCAGGCAGCACAUGAACGCGAUCUCGACCCGCCUAAAGAAAUACGGUCUGAGGUACGACGAUCUGUACGAUCCCUACUUCGAUUUGGAUGUGAAGGAGGCGCUUAAUCGGCUUCCUAGGGAGAUCAUUGACGCUCGUAACCAGCGUCUCAAGCGCGCCAUGGACCUCUCCAUGAAGCACGAGUACCUCCCCGCCGACCUUCAGGCAAUGCAAACACCAUUCAGGAGCUACCUCAAGGACAUGCUGGCUCUGGUGAAGAAGGAGAAUGCAGAACGUGAGGCUCUGGGAGCCCUGCCUCUCUACCAGCGCACAAUUCCAUAA